AUGUUGAACGAUAUAAUUUUUCAAGUUAUUAUAGCUGCUUUUGGCGUUUCUCUAGUCAAUAGUGAUAAAUUAAAAUUUCUUCAUAAAUUAAAAUAUGCCAUCUAUAUAUUAAUUUUGUCUUUUUUAUUAUAUAAGGGAAUACCAUGGAAGAGAGAAAAUUAUUACACUUAUUUAAGUGUAACACCAAAUGCAACAAAGCAAGAAAUACAAACAGCAUAUAGACAAGCAGCUAAAGUUUACCAUCCUGAUAAAAACCCUGAUGAAUAUGCAGACUCUUCAUUUAUAAAAUUAAAACUGGCUUAUGACAUUUUAACCGAUGAUGUUAGAAGAAGCAAUUAUAAUAGAUUUGGGGAUUACAAAAAUGGAGAAGUAGAUGAUAAUACUGCUACCUUAUUAAUAUGUCUUUCAUUAGUUCAGCAUACUAUGUUUUUCAUUAUAGGAUAUUUUUUAUCCUAUCCGAAGAAAUUAGAAUUUUCAAGACAGAUAUUUUUAGUUUAUAAUAUAGCUAGCUUUUGUUUUGAGCUACAAUUUCGAUUUAUAGAAGAUGACACAACAUUUGAUUGGCUUCCAUUUUUGGGAUAUUUAUUACCAUAUGAAAAAAUAAAAUUACUUAGGAUGUUAUUUCCUAUUGUAUUCUUUAUUAGCAUAUGUGCAUCUGCUCAUAUUUAUACAGACAAAAAUGCUACAAUGAUAUUUUUAAUGCGCUCUAUUUUAUCAACCAAUAGAAUUAUUGUUGAGAGAUCUAAUGAUGUUAUUGAAUCAACAAAUUAUUUAAAAAAACAUGGAACUGAUAUAAUUUCAAAAUUACAGCAUAUAAGAAAAAAUGAAUUAUCUUCCACAUUAAAUUUAAAAGAUGCUUCAAAAAUAGGAAAUGAAAAUUUAGAAAAUGUAAAUAAGUAUGAUACAGAAAAUAGUGGGAAAAAAAGUUCAAAAGAUGAAGUUAUUGAUUCAAAAUUGUUGGAUAACAUACAAAAAUUUUCAUUAACCCUUGAUUCGCAGCAGAUGAAUUUAUUGGAAAAAUGCUUUGAAUUAAUGAAAAAUAAAAGUUCUAAAGAUAAAAAUAAAAAAAAAUCGUGGUUUGAAUUUUUCUCCUUACAAAUGAUAUUUGGAAUUAUAUUCGUUUAUAUAUGGUUAACAUCAAAGUAA